AUGUUGACAAGCGGCACUCUCGUCGUUGUGGCAGCACUGCACCUGGCCACGGCCCAGCUCCUCUGCUACUUUCCCAACGGCAGACAAAGCACCGAUGUGCCAUGUAACGUCUCCGCCCCAGUGAGCAUGUGCUGCGGCUCAUCGAAAGCGUGCCUAUCCAACGGCCUCUGCCUCCUCGACGACACGACAUCGAGCAGCGGCAACAGCUAUGCCCGCGGGACGUGUACCGACCCUCAAUGGACCAGCGACCUGUGCCCGAAGCAGUGCCUCCUGAGUAAGAAGCCCUACGCCUUCGCCAUCAAGACCUGA